GAUUAGACGUGGGGUGUUAAAAUAUUGCGGACUUGGGACUUGGAAAGGGAAGUUGAUCCAUGGGGAUGUUGGUAUAAUACAUCUAUGGUUGGAAGAAAAUGCAUUUCCAAUCUGUGUCUUCAGUUUUUUUAGCUGCUGUCUUAAAUUGAGUAGUCUCAUAACUAGUGCCGCGCUCAAAAUCUAACCAGGGGGCUCUGUGAAUGUUAGACUGAAAUCAAAUUAAAAAACCCACCAACACUCAAGAUCUCCACACAAUGUGAACUGGACCAUAAAAUCAUGGCAUCAAUCCAACACAACAACAACAAUGUCCUCUUUGAUAUUACAAGCAGCUGUAGGAACACCCUGCACAAAAAGCCAGAUAUCAAAGGCAAAGUGGAGAAAUUUUUACCCGUUGAACAUGACUGCUCUUUUUGUGGCAAGAGUUCCUAUAACACCAAGUCCUGCACCAGAUGCUGGCUUGCUAAAUACUGUGAUAAAAUGUGCCAGCUAAACCAUUGGAAGGAGCACAAAAAGGAGUGUAAGGAGGAUAAAUCCAGGGGGAAUUUUUAUAAAGGUGGACGGAUAUCAGAGAUGGAUUUAGUACCUGAUUAUCCAGAAGCCUCCAUCAAUGAAGAUGCAAUAUUUUUGGAUUUGGACAAAUGUCCAAAAAAUGGAUACAAUGAUCAUGCAGACUUUAUACCAGUGAGAGAAUUUUCUGUUGAGAAACUUCCAAUAGAAAUAAGACACCCUCGUGUAGCAAAAUAUAUUUUAGCUGAGUCAAAAACAGCAGUGCGUGUUCUAGUAAAAUGGACAAGUAAAAACCGACCAAACGAAGACGCUUGUGCCAGACUUCGGGGCACAAGAAGUACAAGAACCGCCUCUGGCAAAUACGUCUUUGAUAACCCCCGAGACAUUCAAGCAGUCGACUGUCCUAUACCACACUGUCAUCGCAAGGCUGACCUGGGAGAGCACCACAAGAUCUACCAGGGGGACGUCAAAGUCUUCACCAACAAACACGUCAUCUACGAUGAAGACGAGCUCAACAAAACAGUUGUCGAUUUUUUCUACGACAGCUCGGACAGAGUCGGGGUGAUAAGGGAAUAUGCAACAAAACUUUUUUACACGAAACCAUCCUCGGAUAAAACAUUUCUCAAAGUGACGCUCCACGACGAAAGUCUCGUCCAUAUUUUGCAGCAAAUAGACACUGACAAGUGCCGUUGUUUUCACCAGCUGCCGAAAGAAAUUCUCCCUAGAAUGUCAGCCUUUGCUAUUGUCAUCUCCCACCCGCAUGGUCUCCCUAAAAAAGUCAGCAUCGGAAGAGUGAUCAGGGUCACGGAGGAGAAUAUGUCCGAGGUGACUCUAGCCAAUGCUAAAGUGGCAGGGGACCUGGAGAGGAAAUGGUUUGGGUCUCGCACGGAGGAAGAUUACAUCAACUACAUGGCUGCCCUGGGGAAGCUUGACCUACCUGUGUACAAAAUUUGGUAUGACACACCCACCUGUCAAGGUAGCUCAGGUGCCUCAGUUUUAUUUGGGGCCCGGCAGUGCAGUGGUACAUGGGGCCCAUACAUGGCUUUUCACUCAGCCUAUGACAUAGAUUCUAAAUUAAAUUAUUUUAAGAUAGUUAGAUUUAUCUAGUGUUAUUUAGUUAAGUCUUUUUUUUUAAGCAUUAAAUUUCUGCACACAUGUUGUUGAUUAAGGUUUAGAGCUCCAUUUCUAUCCUAAGAUUAUAUCACAGACUAUUUUUUUGUUAUUUUUAAAUUAUUUUUUUUAAACUACAUGGAUUUUUUCAUUGAGCUUCUACUUAAUUUAAUAGGUGUUUUAGUUGGUUUUAUUGUUAUGUUUUUCUACUUAAAUACUAAGUUUUAAACUGAAAAUAUUCUUGUUGAAAAAGAUCUGAAAAUUAUCCUUCUAUAAUAUUUGACAUAUGUUUAUUUUAAUUUCAUUUUU